GCGAACAGUUCGCGGAAUUAUUUAUAUUUAUAAAUUAUACCAUAAUUUCAAAUAUGAAAGGAAAGAUAUUAAUUAUAAUAUAUUUUAUAAGUUGUAAUAUAAGCUACGGAUACAAUUUGGAUGACGAUGAAGCGACCGUUUCGGUUGAUGAAGAGGAAUAUGCGAUACCCGUGCCAUGUAGAGGCUACUGUGAGCACACACCGCGGGAGAAAAGAGUCGCUGGUUCUACAGUGAAGAGCAGGAUCAUAGAUGUGAUGAUGAGGACGCCGCAGCUACACCUCAACCCCGACGAACCGGACAUACUCUCAUUUUUGAACGACAAAUACGAGCUCCCUGAAGGUUUCAAAGGACCGCUUUCAGAAUACGACUUCAUAGUGGUCGGAGCUGGAUCAGCGGGUAGUGUUCUUGCUUCACGGCUGAGCGAAGGUCGUAAGGCGUCGGUGUUACUGCUGGAAGCUGGUCGCGGCGAAUCAUGGUUCACCGCGGUGCCUAUACUGGCACCAGUCUUUCAACAGACUGAAUAUGCAUGGCAAUAUUUGAUGGAGCAUCAGCCUGGAGUGUGCGUAGGUAUGACAAAUGAAAGGUGUUUUUGGCCAAGAGGCAAAGCUGUGGGAGGCAGCAGCGUUAUCAACUACAUGAUCUACACAAGAGGAACUCCUAUUGAUUGGGACAGGAUAGCAGCCAGUGGCAAUUAUGGAUGGUCUUACAAAGACGUGUUGCCGUAUUACAUCAAAUCAGAACGAGCCAAUCUUAAAGGAUUGAAAGACUCCCCUUAUCAUGGACGAACUGGCGAACUGAGCGUGGAAGACGUCCCAUUUAGAUCUAAAUUAUCUAAAGCCUUCCUGGAUGCGGCAAAGCUUUACGGUCAUCGCAAAGUAGAUUACAACAGUCCAGACUUCUUCGGGUUCAGCUACAUUCAAGCCACCAUCUCUAAUGGACGUCGAGCUAGUAGCGCUAGAGCAUUUCUACAUAAUAAUAAAAAAAGGAAAAACCUACACAUAUUGCCUAAUAGUAGAGUUACCAAAGUAUUAAUAGAUCCUAACACAAAAUCUGCUAUCGGUGUGGAAUUUCAUAAGAACGGACAAGUGUACCAGGUCAGAGCAAAGAAAGAAGUUAUAUUAUCCGCCGGUCCCAUAGAAUCACCGCAUCUUCUAAUGUUGUCUGGCAUUGGUCCAAAAGAACAUUUAAAAUCGUUUGGAAUACCAGUGAUACAAGAUUUAAAAGUAGGUGAAUCACUAUACGAUCAUAUCUCGUUUCCUGGCCUGGCAUUUACUUUAAAUAGUACAAGGUUGACCGUAGUUGAAAAGAAAAUAUCGACAAUCGAUAAUGUUAUUCAGUUCGACCAUUAUGGGGAUGGACCGAUGUCAUCAUUAGCUGGUGUAGAGACUAUUGGGUAUAUCAAGACAAAUGUCUCUAAGGAACUCGGCGACUAUCCUGACAUUGAAUUGUUAGGUUCAUGCGCAUCCCUUGCUUCUGAUGAGGGCAAUAUAGUAGCGAAGGGUAUUCACCUCGAAGAUUGGUUUUACAAAGAUGUCUAUCAACCUAUAGAAAAUGUUGAAAGCUUCACUGUCCUUUUUAUGUUGUUACAUCCAAAAUCAAAGGGCUUCUUACAAUUGCGAUCCGCAAAUCCUUUCGAUUACCCAAAAUUAUACGGGAAUUAUCUGACCCAUCCUGACGACGUGGCUACUGCGGUAGAAGCAAUCAAAUAUAUAAUAAAACUUAUAGACACACCGCCUUUUAAAAAAUUCGGAGCAACUUUAUACAAGAAGCAGUUUCCAACAUGCAAGCAUUUUAAUUUCGGAAGUGAUAACUAUUGGGAAUGCGCCGUCAGAAGUAUAACUGCCACGUUGCACCACCAGAUAGCUACGUGCAAGAUGGGACCACCCUCGGAUCCUACAGCUGUAGUGGAUCCUGAACUGAGAGUUUACGGUGUAAACAGACUCCGUGUUAUAGAUAGCAGUGUCUUACCAAGGACAAUCGUGGCUCAUACGAAUGCACCAGCCAUAAUGAUUGGAGAAAAAGGUGCAGAUUUAAUCAAAAAGACUUGGAAAAUCAUAUGAAUAUGUCGCUAAAAAUUAAUUCUUAGUAUUUGCUAUGAACACAAUGAUUCUCAUCUCUCAAUACCAUCGAGAUUUUCCUUGUUCAUGGGUUAUAAAAACUACGGACGGUUUAUUUAAAUAUCUUAUAGUAGACAAUAAAGUUAAUGACUACGUGUCGCCAAGGCAGGAAAACAAAAUGCUUUGACCGCACGCCUCAUGGUCAAGACGAACCGUCAUUGUAACUCGUAACUAGCUGCCAUUAUACAUAAUAAUUAGAAAAUUUUAAGUGUUUCAGGACAUUUAUAACCUCGUCUAUAUAAUUUAUACGAAUAGUUUAAUUAUGAAGUAUUACUAUAAUAAAUACCAAAUAUACAUUUAAAUAAGAAUGUCGUUUAGAAUUGAA